GAAUUUCAAGGUCGUGGUUUAACCGUUGACGUAACAUUUCAUGGUUAAUUACAAGUUAAAUGAAGACCGUUCUCUGAAAGAAUUUGAUGACUGGUUAACUGCAUCAUCCCGCCUGCACACUACAUAUCCUGGAAGAAGUUUAUUGAAAAUUUCAAACAAAUUAAAAUUUGGCCAACGUGGUCUAAUUGCUUGUUGUGAAAUAAAAUCAAAACAAUGCUGUUAUUCUGUGCCAUUAGAUGAUUUACACUUAGUUCUUACACCGUUACGAUGUGCUUAUCUACUUAAUCAUUGUCCAUGUUUUAAACAUUCCAAACGUUAUCAAGCUAAUUUAAACUCUCUUGAUACCCUUACAGCUUUUAUGUACCAUUGUAAAUGUUCAACUUCAACCAAAUGCAUCCUAAGAAAGAUUUGGGCACCUUAUCUAUCUGUUCUGCCAGAAGUUUAUUUAGAUCCAUUAUCUUGUAUCUUAUUAGAUACUGACUGUUUAUUUGAGAGACUAUUUACAAUUAACUCUCCUGAUUAUUUUCAUUCAAAUGAUAUAAAUAUUAAACUAAAACGUUUGCUAACUCGACUGUUAAGGUCGUGGAAUUGCAUAAAACCAAUUUUUACUAAUAACAAUGAUCGUACAAAAGGUUUGCAUUAUAAAGGUUAUGACAUUCCGCCAAAAGAAUUCCUAUGGGCUUGGUGUACUGUGAAUUCACGUUGUGUUUCAUGUCCUUUUAAAGAAUCUUUAUCACAGGUUCAACAUCUUUAUAAUCUAUUAAUCAGUUUUGAUUUAAAAGAUUUGAGCUUUUGUAAUGAUUUUGAAGUUGUUUCACUGUUUAUGAAUGAGAAGGAUAACCACACAAUUGCUUUGAUACCAUUUUUUGAUUUUUUAAAUCAUGAUCAAAAUGUACCAACCGCUUUGUCACUGUCUAAAACAGGAUUAUCAUUGGAAUUAUAUUUGGAACGUUCAGUAUCUGCAGGUGAACAGGUUUUAAUCAAUUAUGGAGCACAUGAUAAUUUAACUCUAUUGACAGAAUAUGGUUUCAUUUUGCCAUUCGGUGAAAAAAACACCAAUGAAGUGAUUUACUUAAGUUACAGUUUCAUCAUGGAUUUAUUUCAUAAUUUAAUCGAUUCAUCCAUCAGUAGUUGUAAUUCUGCUACUGUAUCUAAUCUAGUCGAAUCAUUUACUGAUAAUCAAACUGUCGAGAAUAAAUUCAAGAUAUUACCACAAUUCUACUAUAUAUUACGUCUUUAUUUUCAUCAAAUUCUUGAAAAGUUAGAUCUAUGCCUACCAGAUCAUUCCGCUGAUAAUGAUGACGGUGAUGGCAAUGAUGAUGAUGAUGUUACAUGGAGUUCAGUUUAUUUAUCACUUAAUAGUAAUAAUAAUAAUUCUGGUCCAUCCUAUCACCUAGGUUUAAUAUUAUUUUUAAUGUAUACAUUUAUAAGUAAUAUAAGUAAUAAUGAUGCUCAACAACAGUGUUAUCAAUCCCUUGAUAAUUUGUAUAAUAUUUCAGAAGACACUAUUUAUUCAACUAUUCAAACAUUAUUAAAUCGAAUUUAUACGAUCCUUUUAGAACAGUUGAAAGAUGAUCAGGAAAAAAUUGUUCAUUUAAUGAAUAAUCCCACCUGUCAACACAAUUCGUCAACAUUAAUGUCAUCUGCUUCAUUGACAUUUAUUUGUUUAGUAGAUCAAUUUUGUAAAGAAUUUUUAGAUUAUUUUGAUCAACGUGAAUGUUUUAUUAAAAGUUUAAUGGUGAGUUAAUAUAGCUACAUUAUUGUGUUUGUGUGUGUGUGUAUAUAUUGUAGGGAACAUGAUCUCCUUUCACAUGUGUGUGUGUAUGUGUUUAUUUUAAACGAGUUCAAUUGACUUGCACAUCUUAUUUGUGUUAUUUUUUGACUGAGUUCCAUUUCUCUCGUCUUUUUCCUUAAAAACAGAUUAUCUCCAUGUGCUAUAUGUUUGUACCUAGUUGUACUAUGACAGGUGUAUUCAGUUCUUGUAUUCCUCUAAAACCUGAGUCUCAAAAUCUUCUUCAACCUUUUUUUCUUUGUAUAUAUUUAAUAUUUUCUACUGAUAUAAGAUUUGUUUUAGAAUAAUUUUGUCUCGCUUGACUAACGUAGUGUGUAUGACGACCUGAACCGAUGAACAUGUGUCAAGUUCUACGUUGCAUAUAACCGACUAACUAUUGUUCUGAUGUCUUGUGUAUUAAAUAAGUAAGCAAAAAUUCAAUUGAAAUUCAUCUGUACUAUUGUGUCUGAUUUCGAACCAUGUCGCCCAAAGUAUCUAACCAUAUUUACUAUAGCAUCACUAGGAAUAUGAACAAUACUUUGGUUCUCAUCAUCCAUUAACUAACUUGUUAUAUAUCUAAAUUCUAUUUAUAACAUAAGCAAAUUAACAUUGCUAUUUACUAGAUUGUGUUUGGAUUUUUGAGGUAAUAUUGAUGUAAAUUUAAGUUAUCACGAAAAGUUUGAAUUCUUCCCUCCACAUGAAAAACAUAAACGUGAGUGAUGGAUAAAAAUAAACAUGACAAUAUUCUGGAAAUCCGAAAGAAGAAAUAUUGAGUAUGGUGAUGAUAAUGAUAAUAUCAAUAAAGUGGACAAUUUAUAACUUAAAAUCUAAUGCAAUACUCUUCUUGUCUCGUUGCUCUUAAAAGGCUUACGUAUAUAAACGAAAACGGCAAUAGGUAUUUGGGUAAUUUAGUAAAUCUCAACUAAUUGGUUUAUUCGAUCUCUGUGACAAGACCGUGAGUACAUGGAACACUAGCAUAUAUACGCUAACAUUUCACAAAUGUCAUUCGUUCUAUAUUUCUAUGCUAUGAACCAACUGCUUUCCCUUGUUGGCUACAGCUUCGACGUAUAAUAGAGAGAUAACUGCUUGACUUUCAACUAGUUGAUCUCAAUUUCGAACCGUAUUUCAUACACCUCAGUUUGGGGAGU